UUUUUUUAAAAAAAGGAAGAGAGAGAAAAGCACGCAACAACCAUUCCUUUGUCCAUCAAUGGUUGCCAAAGCCAAUUGCCAGACCAAAACCAAACAAAUCGCUCAACUGUUUCAGAGUAAAAAGGCUAAACACCACCACUAGCAAUCACCCUUUUUCCAUUUUCGAAUUUCUCACCACACUUGCUCACUUCUUUCAAGCUUCAAUUCAAGCACCAAGGACCGAUCGCCUCUCCUACACUCCCUGCAACUCCAAACUUCGUUUCCCUUACUUAUUCAAUCCGAUUCUCACUGCAAUAUUUAUCAGGUGAGUUGCUAUACCGAUUGAUUUUGUGAUUCUGAGUUUGUUCAAAGUUUCUUUCUUUAAUUCGCUUUCAUAGAUUUUGCCAAAAUUUCGACAAUAACAAGAACCAGAUGAUCGAUGGAGAGGGACCUCGCGACGACGUCUCCGGGCCUGCCUCUCCUGAUCCGUUCGAGUCGUUCCUGCCGAAGUUGUCCGGCGGCGGCGAUGUAUCCCCUGAAUCGCUGUCGCGAUACUCCUCAUGCGGAGGAGAGUCGGAGUUCGAGCGGUAUUGUAGUGCGAACUCUGUCAUGGGCACGCCUAGUUUUUGUAGCUCGUUUGGACCUCUUAACGAUUCUAUAGAGUCUGAGUUCGGGUCCUUGAGGAGUUUGGAUGGUGGUUUGGAAAAUUUUAGUUUGGGAGGGAGGUUUGAUAGGAAUUUGGAGGAGCGGAAGCUUUCUGGUUCCGGUUUUGAUCUUUUGAAAGGGAGUGUGAAAGAGGGGAUCGCAAACAAUGGAAUUAGUGAAUUGGAAUUGUAUUGUGCCGAAGGGAAUUGUGGGGAAAGUUGUGGAAUCGAUAAUGACUUGGAUAGUAGGCAAGAAUUUGUUAAUGGGAGAACCAGUGAGAGGGGCUCCAUUGGUGGUAGAGUUGGAGAUGAAUUGAAUUUUGCGUCAGAUGUUGGAGAAGGGUCUUUGGGUCUAGCUAUUAGUGAAGGGAAUGAUGGUCGCUUCUGCAGGUUGGAUUCAGACUUGGGUUUGGAGUUUGAUGGAAGGGAGGAGGGGGGGGAGGAAGAUGAGAUCUCAUCUCGAUAUGAACAUUCUGAAGACGAUUCAAUGUAUGGCUGUGGUUCAGAUGAUGAAAAUAGGAAGAAUUUGUAUACUCAGAGCAGCAUACAAUAUAGCAAGAAUGAAAAUGUUGAGAAUGAGAAUCCGCUGCUUAUCAAUUCAUCAGUAGCAUUUGGUUCAGAGGAUUGGGAUGAUUUUGAGCAAGAAACAGGGGGAGGCAAUCUCACAUCUCUGACUUUGGAUAACUUUCAGGAGCAGAAAAAACAGGAUUUUGUAACUGAAAGAAACCUUUUUAAUUCCAAGUCCACAGCCUCAAUAUGUGUACCAGUUAUUGGUCUUACUGAGAGAGGGAAAGAUGUGAGUACGGAAUCUUCUAGCAUCAAACAGGUUGAAGAAAAUGAAUUAAUAGAAGAUUUCAAUACUUUUUCUGCAGUACCUAUUGGUUCUCAGAAUUGUGGCCAGAUGCAGGCGGAAGAAGCAAGAGACAUUCCUGUGUCUAUUGGUUCUCAGAAUUGUGGACUGAUGCAGGCAGAAGAAGCAAGAGACAUUCCUGUCUCUAUUUGUAAGGUCCAAGGAACUUGUGAAUUAGCCAAAGAUUACACAAGUACCUCAAUUGCAACAUCUCAUUUACCAAGUUCUUGCAAGUUACAGGAAGAAAAUGUAAGAGGCAUUUCUGAUACCUUCAAACUAGUCCAAGGUGCUAAUGAUACAACAAAUCUUUUUAAGAGUGGCAUCUUUGAUGUGAAGCAGGAUCCUUUUGUAGAAAAAAAUCCCAGAGAGUUAGGAUCAAAUAUCACAGAUUGCAGCAUGCAAGGGAAGUGUCUGUGCUUGAAAUCUGAGAUCAUUCGUGUUGAUGACAGCAAAGUUUUAGAUAAUCAAGAGAUUGGGAAUUUAAAUGUGAAAGUGGAUCCCCUUUCUGAUGCAACUAAUCAACUUUAUUCCCAUCCAACUGAACAUUUUGAAAAUGAAAGUGUGAAAUUCAUUGAAGACCAUAAACUAAAUUCAACACCAUUGUUGCUUGAGACUAACAGGGGUGAAACAUUGAAUAACUCUUCUGUAGAUCUUUUUGAAGAUGAUCCUGCACCAGUUAAGGCAGACAAAGUUGAGCUUAAUGAAAUUUAUGAUGAAAUUGUCAAUGAAAUGGAAGAAAUUUUACUUGACUCUAGUGAGUCUCCAGGGGCUAGGUUCCCUCAGCGCAAUCGCAUGUCACAAUCACAGCUAUCUUUGCCUCUAAGGGACGGUGGGUUGACUGCUUCCACUUCAGGUCCAGAUGAUUCCUUCCCACUAAUCACCCAGCCACUGAGAAUUGAUGGGAUUGAAGUUGUUGGUGCCAAGCAGAAGAAAGGAGAUGUCUCUCUUAGUGAAAGAUUGGUUGGGGUGAAAGGAUAUACUGUAUAUAGAAUAAGAGUGUGGAGUGGCCAGGAUCAGUGGGAGGUUGAACGCAGAUAUCGCGAUUUCUUCACACUCUAUCGUCGGCUGAAAUCAUUAUUCACUGACCAGGGCUGGACACUUCCUCUUCCCUGGUCCUCUGUGGAAAAGGAAUCUAGAAAAAUAUUUGGGAAUGCAUCUCCAGAUGUUGUUUCUGAGAGAAGUGUACUGAUUCAAGAGUGCUUGCAUUCAAUUAUUCAUUCUGGUUAUUUUUCCAGUCCCCCAAGUGCAUUGUUUUGGUUUUUGAGUCCUCAAGAUCCAGUUCCUAGUUCCCCUACAUCACAAAAACCAGUGCCUUGGUCUACAUUCUCUAACAGAGAAGCAGAACCAGGGAACAUCUCCACUUUAGGGAAGACAAUAUCACUUAUUGUUGAAAUUAAGCCAUACAAAUCUAUGAAACAAUUGCUAGAAGCCCAACAUUAUACUUGUGCUGGAUGCCACAAACAUUUUGAUGAUGGAAUGACACUAGUGCGAGACUUUGUGCAAGCACUUGGAUGGGGAAAGCCUCAAAUUUGUGAAUACACUGGUCAAUUGUUUUGUUCUUCAUGCCAUACAAAUGAAACUGCAGUUUUGCCAGCAAGAGUUCUACAUUAUUGGGAUUUUACUCAAUAUCCAGUCUCUCAAUUGGCUAAGUCAUACUUGGAUUCCAUACAUGAGCAGCCCAUGCUUUGUGUGAGUGCAGUUAAUCCUUUCCUAUUCUCAAAGGUCCCAGCCCUGCACCAUAUUAUGGGUGUGAGGAAAAAAAUAGGAACUAUGCUUCCAUAUGUUCGCUGCCCAUUCCGCAGGACCAUCAACAGAGGACUUGGAUCUCGUAGAUAUCUUCUUGAAAGCAAUGAUUUUUUCGCGCUUAGAGACCUCAUUGAUCUCUCAAAAGGGGCUUUUGCAGCAUUACCCGUGAUGGUGGAGACUGUCUCAAGAAAAAUUUUGGAGCAUAUAACGGACCGCUGCCUCAUCUGCUGUGAUGUGGGAGUUCCCUGCAGUGCCCGACAAGCUUGUGAUAAUCCAUCUUCACUCAUUUUCCCUUUUCAGGAAGAUGAGAUUGAAAGGUGUACAUCUUGCGAGUCUGUAUUCCAUAAGACUUGCUUCGGAAGGCUCACAAACUGCUCUUGUGGAGUACUUACUGGAGAGGAGAAGACCAUGGGGGCCACUAAUAAGCUGAGCCGUAAGGCUAGUGAUUUGUUGGGAAGGAAAUCGGGCUCUGUUUUGCCUAUGGGAUUGCUUUCUGGACUAUUUUCAAGGGCAAAGCCAGAAAUGAUGAAGGAUUACCAGGACAGUGACACUGUUAUUUUAAUGGGUUCUUUACCGAGCACUUCUCUUUGAUCACCUUUAAUUGUAAUGUACCAUUUAUAUAUUGUCUUGCUAAAGUUGGAGUUCAUUUGUAUUACCUUUAGGUGUUUGCUGAAAAACCGAAAGUUGCGUACAUCAUUGUAACAAAAAUGUUGAAGCUAGGCGCUUUUUUUUUUUUUUCCCCGGUCUUCAAUUUUUGAGUGAGUUGAAUUCUGGGUGCAUUCUUUGUAAAUUAUGAUUUUAUAAAUAUUAUUGUUUUUCCCCCUCA